UUAUGAUGCGAUAAACGAGGCGGCGCGUGAGAGCGGCGUUGUGUGCCUCCCCGCUGCGCCGCUGGAGCAGCUUCACCGGAGGAUGCUGCAUCCGCGGAUGCGCCGCCCGCACAGCGUCCGCGCCGCCGCCGCUCGCUUCUCACGGUCAUUAUUCUAACGCGUGACGGGGGACGACGAUGCGUGGACGGGGUUUCGGCGAGCGGAAAGGUUGAGUGGAGGUGUUAAAGGCGAGAAUCAUCCCAGUCUCCGUCCGCCUCGGUCGCAUCGAUGCAGGCUGGCGUUAGACGCGCAGGAGGGGAAACGCUCAGACUUCUCCUCGUCGAAUAAUUCAGGAGCCUCGGUUCAGCACCGGAUGACGCACGCUCUGCGUCCGCGCAUCGCGAGCUGAGGGCGCCCUGAAUCUGUGACACGCGCGGCGGUUCCUCAUCUGCACCCCCUCUCCUCACCCCCACCGGCCGCAUCACCGGCCGCAUCACCGGCCCCAUCACCGGCCCCAUCACCGGCCCCAUUACCGGCCCCAUCACCCGCCCCAUCACCGGCCGCAUCACCCGCCCCAUCACCGGCCGCAUCACCGGCCCCAUCACCGGACGCAUCACCGGCUCCAUCACCGGCUCCAUCACCCGCCCCAUCACCGGCCCCAUCACCCGCCCCAUCACCGGACGCAUCCCCAGUCGGAGCCAGGACACCGGUGCCUUUUUAAUGGCUGUGGUCUUCAGACGAUGGAAGGUUCUACUGGCGCUGAACCUGCUCGCUGUUGCUGGGUUCGUCACUUUCUGGGCCAGGUGCAACUCGCGCGUCUUCCAGUCCUCCGGUCCGGAGGCUUCAGCUGACGGGAAGAGGCCGCGGGCCAACGGGACCGGACAGGGGCUCGGCGCCAGUCAUGAGGUGCUGCUGAAGAGGCUCGGUUCGCUGGAGGACGUGGUGUACCGGCAGUUAAACGGUCUGUCCAAGUCCCUGGGCCUGGUGGAAGGCUUCGGCGGCCGCGGGAAAGGAGGCCUCGCCGCCACGCUGGCCACCGGCGAAGAGAAGGACGCCAAGGAGCUGAGGGACAAGUACGGCUACAACGCCUUCCUCAGCGACCGCAUCUCCCUGGACCGGACCAUCCCGGACUUCAGACCCAGCAAAUGCAAAACCAUCCCCUACUCCAGGGACCUGCCGCAGAUCUCCCUCAUCUUCAUCUUCGUCAACGAGGCUCUGUCGGUGAUCCUGCGCUCCAUCCACACGGCUGUCAAUCACACGCCGGCCCAUUUGCUCAAAGAGAUCAUUCUGGUGGACGACAACAGCGACGAUGAGCUGCUGAAGGCGCCGCUGGAGGAGUACGUGACCAAGCGCUACCCGGGCCUGGUGAAGAUAGUGAGGAACCCAAAGAGGGAGGGGCUGAUCCGAGCCAGGAUCGAGGGCUGGAAGGUGGCCACCGGCGAGGUGACGGGCUUCUUCGACGCCCACGUGGAGUUCACGCCUUCCUGGGCGGAGCCGGUGCUGGCCAGAAUCAAAGAGGACCACAAGAGGAUCAUCUUGCCCUCCAUCGACAACAUCAAGCACGAGACGUUCGAGGCCGAGCGCUACGAGAACUCCGGCCACGGCUACAACUGGGAGCUGUGGUGCAUGUACAUCAGUCCUCCCAAGCAGUGGUGGGACGACGGAGACACGUCCGCUCCCAUCAGGACUCCGGCCAUGAUCGGCUGCUCCUUCGUGGUCGACAGAGACUACUUUGGGAAGCUGGGCCUGUUCGACUCGGCCAUGGACGUGUACGGAGGGGAGAACAUCGAGCUGGGGAUCAAGGUGUGGAUGUGUGGGGGGAGCAUGGAGGUGCUGCCUUGCUCCAGGGUAGCUCACAUUGCGCGGACCAAGAAGCCGUACCACAGCAACAUAGCGGUCCACAUGCGGCGCAACGCUCUGCGCGUGGCGGAGGUCUGGAUGGAUGAGCACAAGUCCAGCGUGUACAUGGCCUGGAACCUGCCCAUGGAGAACCACGGCAUUGAUUUUGGAGACAUCUCCGAGAGGGCGGCGCUGAGGAAGAGUCUGCAGUGCAAGAGCUUCGACUGGUACCUCGACAACGUUUACCCGGAGAUGAGGAGGUACAACAACACGCUGUACUACGGCGAGAUCCGUAACACUAAAACCAGCCACUUGUGUGUGGAUCAGGGAGCAAAGGAGAACCACACGGCCAUCGCUCACCCCUGUCACGGCUGGGGUCCCCAGUUAGCGCGCUACACCAAAGAGGGCCAGCUGUUCCUGGGGCCCCUGGGCAGCACGGGGGAGGACACGCGCUGCAUGGUGGACGACCAGAUCAGCCGCCUUCCUCAGCUCCUCAACUGUGAUAAAGUGACCAGCGUCAAACAGAAGACGUGGACUUUCUCUCAGAACGACUCCAUCAUGAACCGGGCCUCAGGACGCUGUCUGGAGGUGGUGCCGGCUAAACUCUACUUCGGCCACCAGCUGGUCCUGCAGACCUGCUCCGGUCAGACCUGGACCAUCAAGAACACUGUGAAGCCGUAGGGCAGCGAGCGCUCGCUUCGACUGGGACGCCAUGAUGAGCCGCGCCUGACCCGGAUCAGCACAGGCUCAGCUGAUGAAGCACAGGCUUAAGACAUUCAAAGUGAUGUAACCUUCGCAUGGAGACGUGGUCUGAAUCGGACCUGUGGAUGUUUUGUUGCAUUAACUCAUGUUUGUGCUUUCUCUGUGGUUAUUUUAAGUCUGAUGGCUUUAGAUUCAGGAUGGUGAACAAACUUGUGUUCUGGAAUAAUGAAGUGUCUACAUCCUCAAUGCUUCUUUACUUAUUAUUUAAUUAAACUGGAAAAUUCAAUUUUCAGCAGUUUUACCCUGUAAAUAUUUAUAUGAAGGAAAAGGCAUAAAUGAACAUGACCUGGUGUAAAGGUGCCUAUUUUUCAGAGUAAUUGUACAUCUACAAACCUCAGAUCAUUAUCAGGGCCUACUGAGUUUUAUAUGAUGUGGAUGUUUUUUCUCCAAAGCAUUCUGUGGCACCAAAUGCAAUAGACCUUGUAGCAUGACUGAGUUGCGUGUGCACACGGGCCGUGCGUUGGUUGAGCUGUUUCAUGUUCCACGCCGAGUGCCAUAACGUCUGCAGACGGCCAAAAGUAACAAUGCACUUUUCAUGGACACAGAUGAAGGAAUGGAAACGUGCACAGAACAGCUGGACGGCCAGAAAUCCUAAUAAAUAUACAUAUGUAUGAUGUCACCGGGGUUUUUGCUACUAAGAUUGUCUUCCAAUAAACAACUCUGCUCCUGG